AUGGCAGACGAAGUCAUUUUUGAGUUUCUUCACAUGGAAAUGGUAGCACACACUCACCGAGAAGCAUCCAAGGAAGAGAAAGAUCAGUGUAUUUCAAAACUUGAGGCACUGGGCUUUCGUGUUGGACAGAGUCUUAUUGAAAGGUUUACAAAAGAUUGCUCUCGCUUUAAAGAUGAAUUAGACACAAUGAAAUUCUUGUGUAAAGAGUUCUGGAAUGUUGUAUACAAAAAACAGAUUGAUAACCUAAGAACCAACCAUCAGGGCGUGUAUGUAUUACAGGACAACAAAUUCAAGUUUCUCGUGCAGAUGUCAACGGGUAAACAAUACAUGGAAUCUGCACCUAAGUAUCUGGCAUUCCCCUGUGGUAUGAUCAGAGGAGCUCUUUCCAACCUUGGUGUGAACUGUAUUGUCACAGCUGAAGUCAGUGCAAUGCCAGCUUGUAAAUUUCAGAUACAAAUUCAGAGGACAUGA